AUGGCGAGCUUUGCCGAUCUCCCCGCGAAAUGCACCGCGCUUGUCCAUGCGGUCGAGAAGCUGGGUCAGGAACUGUCCAACACCAAACGCGAAUUGCAAGACGUGACGUCGGAACUCGCCGCCGCCAAAGGGGUCGGGACUGUCCUCUCCAGUCUAGUGGAUAGGUUUGGGGCGUUACUUUGCUCGUACGCGCGUGAGCAGACAUCAGCGCACCGACAGCAACAGAUCCUCGAGGCCAUCCUCGAUUCGGCACUUGCACAGUUGGACCUCCUCGACGCCCAAAUGGACUGCGAUUCCUUGCGCCGCGAGAAUACCCAGCUCCGAGAUGCGCUUCAGGAGAGAAGGAUGAGGCACAACCGC